AUGGACUGCAAGUGCCCGUCACGACGGGACGCGUCAGCGCAACAAGUGGCACCCGACACGCGACGGCAUCGACCGACAAAUGGCAACCAGAGGUCCGCUACGGUCAGCAGUAGCACUAGUGCCAGUAGCAACGGCCCGCGCAGCUUCCACCGGCGCCACUUGCCACAGGAGUGCAUCGCGUUCUCGAGUCCCGAGGGCCGUCAGCUCUUUGUCGAGGCCGUGACGCGCACAGAGCCGACGAACUACAUGCAGAUCUACUUCCCACUGGCCGAGCAGUUCACGACGCAGGCUGAGCCGGCGUUCUGCGGCCUCGCGACGCUCGCCAUGUGCCUGAACGCGCUCGGGGUCGACCCGGGCCGACGCUGGAAAGGCCCCUGGCGCUGGUUCAGCGAAGAGCUCUUUGACUGCUGCAAACCGCUGCUCGUGGCCAGGGAACAGGGCAUCAACAUGGCCGAGUUCACGUGCCUCGCGCGCUGCAACGGCGUCGCGACCGACGCCAUUGGUGCCACGAGUGCGUUUACGCUCGCGCAGUUCCGCGCGAUCGUCCAGCGCAGCUGCGCCACGAGCACUGAGAUCGUUGUGCUCAACUACAGCCGGCGGGUCUUGGGCCAGAGCGGCGACGGGCACUUUUCGCCCAUUGGCGGGUACCACGUCGAGCGCGACCUCGUGCUGCUGCUGGACGUCGCGCGGUUCAAGUACCCGCCGCAUUGGGUGCAGCUCUCGCGCGUGUUUGACGCCAUGCAGUGUGUCGACGCGUCGGUGAACGCCCCGCGCGGGCUCGUGGUGCUGACCAAGGGCCCAUCGGUGUGGAACGGCGUCGACACGUGUGAAGCAGCGGCCGCAGUGUAUUCGCUGCGACGGACGGACGGCAGUGGCGGCGGCGACAGCGUAUCCAGUUCGGCGGCCGUGUUGUAG